AUGAGUUCACUCCUCCGAUGGGCCUCGCGCUUCUAUCCACGAACUCGAUUGGCGCCAAAAUCCUUUCCCAGUCACGGCUACCAGGCCAUUCCGUCAGAUUACAAACUCGAGGAAGAGACACUGCCGGAUUACCUCCCCGAGCGCUUCUACCCUGUCCGCAUCGGGGAAGUUUUAAAUUCCCGGUAUCAAGUCGUGGGAAAGCUGGGUUACGGUGUCACAUCAACUGUCUGGCUUGCUCGGGACCUCGAUAAACAUAACCACGUCGCAAUAAAAGUUUCCAUCCGUUCCGCAGCGUUAGGCAAUCUAGUACACCACGAACGGAACGUUUACCAGCGCAUCGAUACCGGCCCACGGCACCAUCCCGGCCGAGCCGCCAUCCGAUCCUUACUGGAUGUUUUCCAGCUCGACGGUCCGGACGGCCAGCAUGAGUGUCUUGUGCAUCCGCCCUUAUGGGAAAGCGUCCGAACUUUCCUAACCCGCAACCCGAUUGGAAGACUGCCGAGUCCGGUGUUGGCGAUCGUGUUGUUGCGGGUGUUUCAGGCUUUGGAUUAUCUACAUAAUGAGUGUAAAAUUAUUCACACUGACAUCAAACCCGACAACAUUAUGUUCGGCUUCGAGGAAGAAUCAUGCCUGGAAGAUUUCGAACAAGCUGAGUUAACCAACCCAAGCCCACGGAAGGAGGUCGACGGGAGAUUCAUCUACCUUUCCCGGCAAGUCGAUCAGCCCAAAGGUGUAGGCGCCCCGGUAUUAUGUGACUUUGGGGCUGCAGUGUUUGGAGACAGUGUCCACCAUGACGAUGUUCAGCCGGACCGAUACCGGUGCCCAGAGGUCAUUCUCGGGGUGCCAUGGCACUCUCAGAUUGACAUCUGGAACGUUGGGUGCCUGGUUUGGGAUCUCUUCGAAGGCGGGCGUCUCUUCAGCGGAACUGACCCUGAAGUGGGAACCUACCGCGGCCGCGCCCAUCUUGCGGAGAUGAUUGCUCUGUUAGGGCCGCCUGGGCUCGAGUUGAUCAAUCGGGGGAGAUUGAAGUGGAAGUUCUUCACUGGGGCUGGAAACUGGAAAGCGGGGAUUGACCCGUACCCACGGACAUCUCUGGAGAAGUUGGAGACAAAUCUCGAGGGUACAGACAAAACAAUGUUCCUCGACCUGAUGGUGAACAUGUUGCAGUGGGCUCCAGAAGACCGAGCGCUGCCGCAGGAGCUGGUCAACGAUCCAUGGAUCGCGAAAGAGUUGGCUUAG